CAUUAAAGCAGCAUGGCCGGUAAUUGGCGGCGGUGGCAGGAUCAGCGCCCACGGCGCUCACUCCGACGAAUCAGGCCGGCGCGCGCGCACCGCCAUGCGAGCAAGUGAACAUCAGUGACUGAGUUAUUGUGAACAGUGGAAUAUUGUGAAAAUUCAGAUGCCAGUGCGUGAGGCGUGAGGCAUGCCGCGCGACUCGUACGAAAUGAACUCCCGGCAGUUGUCCCGCGGGAGCUCGCUCUUCGGCACCGACCCGCAGAUCCAGCUCCGGACCGCCCUGCGCACCAAUGACUUCCCCACCUUCAAGAAACUAGUGAGCUAUGGGGCCGUCGACCUCGAAUUCGUCAACCCCUACCCCGACCACAAGACCUGCCUCGAGAUAGCUAUAACGGAACCGAACAAGAACGAAUUCGUUAAACUGUUACUUCAGCACGAAGUCCAAGUCAACAGAGUUAACGAAACCCAUGCUUGUGCUCCUAUACACUUCGCCGUUGAAUACGGCAACAUUGAAGCGCUGAAACUAUUGCUGGACGACGACAGAAUUGACGUCAACAUCAGAAGCAAAGGAAAUACGGCUUUGCUGAUGGCAAUAAAGAAAAUAGAAGAUUUAGAGGACGACCGCGAGCGAGACCUCGCCACCUACGAAGACAUGAUAGAGCUUCUACUAAAAGCGGGGUGCGACGCCAACGCUCCAGACCUUAAAGGAGUAACACCUGUAUAUUCCGCAGCAAAACAAGGGCUGGAGAGGGUCAUCACUUUUAUCAUAGAUUACGCACAAACUCCCGUCGACAUUGAUACAUACAAAGACAGACGUGGCAAAACAGCUCGUUAUUUCUUAAAAGAAGCGUUUCCGCAUUUAGUUGAUAAAUUCGAUACGGAGGUAGAAGUGAUCAAUGUUGACAAACUUUUCUCGUAUUUAAGUCGACAUGAUGAAAACGGAUUUAUUCGCGACUUUACAAAGCUCGUUAAAAAGAAUGACCAUCGCCAAGCAUUAGCUUCUAAUAAUGGAAUAUUCACAAUGUUACAGUUUGCAACGGAUAAAGGGUUGGACAGAACAGUUGAAACCUUGCUUAACGCGGGCGCAGACCCUAAUGCCACGUGUGCGAGUGAGACCAUGAGACCCGUAGCACUCGCUUGCAAAAAUGGCUACUGUAAGAUUCUGAAAAUGUUUGUCGACAACGAAUCUACCUUAUUUGAACCAGUCAACGGCGAGUCAUUAGUACAAAUCACGGUAAAAGGAAUGAGGUCGUAUUCAAACAAUCCAAAAGCAGAUUUUAACGGAUGUUUGGAACUAUUACUUAAAAAUCCUAAAAUUAACAUAAACGUCAACUAUGCAGAUAAUAAAAACAACACGGCACUCCAUUACGCCGCCAGGAAUGGCGAUAACGAGACAGUGUUGGAGCUGCUGCGGCACGGGGCGUGCGUCGGCCUGCGCAACGCUUUCGACGAACCGCCUCUAGCGGACAUCAACGCCAAAACCCUGGAAACAUACCUGGACGAAUGCAUCACAACCAACGGGGAACGACCGAGCGACGACGACUUCGAAAUUCAUAUGAAAUACAGUUUCUUAGUGUACCCUAACAAUUCUGUAGAAAACGAACUCUGUAAAGUUCCUUUAAUCGAUGCAUCAAACAAUAACGUGAAAGAGUGUGACGCCAUCCUGGCCCCCGAAACAGAUGCUCUCCUUUACAUGACGAGAAACGAAGAACUGAGGCCGCUGCUUAAGCAUCCAGUUAUAACCAGUUUUCUCUACUUGAAGUGGCAAAGAAUAAGCUGCCUUUUCUACGCUAACAUAACUUUUUAUUCUCUUCUAUGGUUGUGCUUGAUUCUCUAUAUCAUACUAGGAUAUGGUGCGGAGAAAAAACAAUCCGGUUCCAUUGAAGUAUUAAACGUCGUUACACAUGUCGGCGCGGCUGUUGGAUUGAUACUUUUAAUCAUACGAGAAUUAUUUCAAUUGUUAGUAUCUCCCUCAAGAUAUUUGCAAAGCAUGGAGAACUGGAUGGAAAUCUUUCUGAUAUUUGUUACAGCGGUGAUCGUGUGCGAUAACUCCGCCGCAGAAUCAACGAAGCAACAACUCUCCGCUGUAGCUAUCUUAUUGUCGUCUGCCGAAUUGGUCCUUCUAAUCGGCCAGUUUCCGACGCUAUCAACGAACAUUGUCAUGCUUAAGACAGUAUCUUGGAAUUUUUUCAAGUUUUUACUUUGGUACUGCAUUUUGAUUAUUGCGUUUGCAUUGAGUUUUUACACAUUAUUCAGGAACGAGGUGAAAGACGAAGACACAGUAGCACCCGACCCAAACAAAACUGGCCAAGAAGACGAUUUCUUCGAAGAUCCAGGAAGAUCUCUGUUUAAAACUAUUGUCAUGUUGACAGGAGAGUUUGACGCGGGUUCCAUUAAAUUCGGCCAAUUCCCAGUAACCAGCCAUAUUAUAUUCAUGGUUUUUGUAUUCAUGAUUCCAAUUGUUCUAUUUAACUUACUCAACGGUUUAGCCGUGAGUGACACACAAGAAAUUAGAGCGGAUGCCGAACUAGUAGGUCACGUUUCUAGAGUCAGAUUAAUAUCUUACUUUGAGAGCGUGCUCAUCGGAAACACCAGGCCAUACUCUAAGCCGUCCGCCUGCUUAGCUUGUCUGCCCGCCUGGAUGCAGGAUCUAAGUAUAAUAACGCCAAAGACACUAUGCAUGAGACCUUUUGCAAAACGUAUAUCUUUAUUCCCGCACUUUUUGCCAAAAUAUAGGAUACUGGUAAAGCCGAACAAAGAUAAUAUAAUUGAGAUACCGCACGCAGAGUCACUCGGGAAAAUCGGUGAUGACUAUGAAGACAUAGAGGGUGGCGGUUGCUGUCUCGAGAGAUGCCAGAACUACAGACUCGAUAGGAAGAUUGUGAAAAACGCUAAGAUUGUGAUAAGUAAGAAAAAUGAUGUCUCAGAAAUUGAUGUACUGAAAAGUAAAAUAGAUGAGCUACACAAAUUGCUGAAAGAAUCGUUGCAAAAACGCUAGUAAUUGUAACUUUAGUACGUAACC